GACGCGAGGGGCGGGGUUGCGCGGCUGCCUGCCGGGCUGGCGAUUCAUUCAAAAGGCGCGCAGGCUGCGCUGCCUCCUGUGCGCGAGCUGAGGUGGCCCCCGGGGCAGCGUUGGACGCGGGGCCAACCUGGAACUGCCGCGUCCAGCAUGUUCGGUGGAGACUGCGUGAAGACUUCGUGCUCAAGGCUGGGUGCUGGGCUUUGUGGUGAAUAAAGCAGACAUCCCUGCCCUUCCUGCUGUCUGGUUGGGGAGCAACAGUAAACAAGCCAGUGACCACUCUGGGGCCUGAUGAUGAAGCUGAGCCCACUAUGCUGCCCUCUGUCCUGCCUCUUUGUGCUGCUGUCCGGGGCUCUGGCCACUCCAACAUCAACCACCCCUUGGCAGUGCCCACCUGGAGAGGAGCCUGACCCGGAGCUGGGCCAGGGCACACCAUGUAGGUCAUGCCCCCCGGGCACCUUCUCAGCCUCCUGGGGCUCUAGCCCAUGCCAGCCCCAUGACUGCUGCAGCCUUCGAAGGAGGCUGGAGGUCCAGGCUGGCACCGCGAUUCAAGAUGCACUAUGUGGAGGCUGCCAGCCUGGGUGGUUUGAGCCAAGGGGGGUUCCCCCUAUUCCAUGUCAGCCGUGUUCCUGGGCACCUCUCAGUACUCACAGCUGUGAUGAGUUGGGGCGGCGGGCCCGACGUGGUGUGGAGGUGGCAGCAGGAGCUGGUGGUGGCAGUGGCAGUGAGACAAGGCAGCCUGGAAAUGGUACUCGAGCAGGUGGUCCCGAAGAGACAGCAACGCAGUACGCGGUGAUUGCCAUUGUGCCCAUCUUCUGCCUCAUGGGGCUGCUGGGCAUCCUGGUGUGCAACCUGCUCAAGCGGAAGGGCUACCACUGCACAGCCCACAAGGAGGUCGGGCCCACCCCAGGCAGUGGAAGCAGCGGGAUCAACCCUGCCUACCGGACCGAUGACACCAAUGAGGACACUAUUGGCAUCUUGGUGCGCCUGAUCACAGAGAAGAAGGAGAAUGCCGCAGCCCUGGAGGAGCUGCUGAAGGAAUACCACAGCAAGCAGCUGGUGCAGACGAGCCACAGGCCUGUGCUCAGGCUGCCUCCGGCCUCCCCCAGCAUGCCGCACAUCUGCCCGCAUCGCCACCACCUCCACACUGUGCAGGGCCUAGCUUCGCUCUCUGGCUCCUGUUGCUCCCGAUGUAGCCAGAAGAAAUGGCCUGAGGUGCUGUUGUCCCCUGAGGCAGCAGCUGCCUCCACUCCGGCUCCCAGCCUUCUGCCUGCCCUGGCCAGAGCUCCCAAGGCUGGGGCCAAGGCAGGACGUCAGGGCGAGAUCACCAUCUUGUCUGUGGGCAGGUUCCGUGUGGCUCGAAUUCCUGAGCAGAGGACAAGUUUAGUGGCAUCUGAAGUGAAGACCAUCACAGAGGCUGGGCCUUCUGUGGGUGACCUCCCUGACUCUCCACAACCUGCACUCCUACCUGAGCAGCGGGCACUGCUGGGAAGUGGUGAAAGCCAUACCAGGUGGCCGAAGCCCCCAGCAGAGAACAAGGUUGAGGAGAACCGCUAUGUGGUCCGGCUCAGUGAGAGCAACCUGGUCAUCUGAGGCGCUGUCGAGUCUGAGGAUACUCAGCCUUGCCCUGGGAGGUCCCCAAGACUUCCUGGAGGAGGCAGAGCUGCAGCUGAGACUGAGGACCAAGAAGCAGUGAGCCAGCAGACACAGGGAAGGUCCCAGCCUGGAGGUGGGACCGUCUGCCCCAGUGAGGCGGCAUCAGCGGGCACCGUGUGCAGCAGAUUGAGAGCCUCGCCUGUCCCUGUCGCCCCAGUCCCUUGCCUGAAGGAUGCCCUAACCCUGUGCUGGCUCAGGCCACAUCCUAGGAGCCCACUGGCUUCUCUGAACCGCCAGGGGUCUAGGUUUGGUGGAGGGGCGGUGCCUGUGUCUGGUGCCCCAGCCCCACCCCUUGGUGACUGACCCUAGAGCAGAUGUGCCUCCCUCUCCUCUUCUGGCAGGUCCUGUGAAGGGAAGGGAUAAUGAAAAGCCCUGGGCUGGGAUGCUGAGUUCCUGGGUUCUAAUCCUGGGUGUGUCCCUGGCUAUCACUGGGCCCCGUUUACCUGACUGUGAAGUGGGGAGAGAAUGUCUCAGGAUCCAGGGCCUCCCCACCUCCUUGCGGAUUCUGGGCGGGGUGCUGUUGGGGGAGAGCUUGACUCUGCCACCCCUCCCACUCGUAGCUUUAUCUGCCCAUUUUUGCUGCUUUCUGCCUUCAAGGCUCCCGUGGGGCUGUCCAUCCAGGCUCCACCUGCGGCAGACGGAGCUGAAUGCAUGUGCCUGCCUCCACCUGCUGUUUUUUAACGAAACAGAAACGGACUUGACCUGAGCAGGGCUGCUGCAGAGCCUCACCUGCCCUGCACUCCAGGGUCCCUGGAGCCUUGGGGACAGAAGCACUGGCAGGGCUGGUGAGCACCUCUACCCUCCGUGGUUUCCAUCUCCCUGUGGUGCAGUGUGUCUGUCCUCAAGGCCCUGGGUAGCGCAGGGGACUCCAGCCCAUCCCAUGUCACCACUCUGGCUCAGCCACCUGGUUAUUUAUGUGGGGCUGUGCAGGCGCGGACCCACCUCCACCCCCAUUUCUCAUAUUUAUUAAAAUUUACUAUUGUCCUGCCCUUGCAUCUGUGUCCCCAUCCAUUGUUGAAUAAUAAAAGAUGGGAAAAUGGUG